AUGGCUAAUCUCCAAGUCUUCUUCUUCGUUUACCUGCUCGCAGCGCUAGCCACCUUGCAUGGCUCCUCCGCCGUCGAGUACACCGUCACCAACGAGGUCCCCAUGACUCCCGGAGCCCGACUCGGCUUCCAGAAAGAAUGUUCAAAGCGUUGGCCACUUGGCCUAUUCAUAGUCGAUAACCUGGAUCCGAGAGCAAUCGCCGUCACCAGCAACGAUAAGAUCAACGUCAGCGCUAAAUCGAUGGAAAGUCUAACCGGCGAACAACUGAAACGGAGCUUCAACGGGUUGCUUUACCACGAGAUGGCUCACGUAUGGCAGUGGAACGGGAAUGGGCAACAGGGGGACGACCAUCUCGGGGGCUUGAUCGAAGGGAUAACGGAUUUCGUACGGCUGAAGGCCGAUUACGUUCCCGAUGGGCGGCCUCGACGGGGGGAUGGCGAGCAUUGGUACAAGGGGUACGCCGUUACGGCCUGGUUUUUGGACUAUUGUGAGGGCCUGGGCGGAGCUUAA